UAUAGUCAAACUGGGUUUAUCAGCUGUGCCAUCCAUGGAUACAGUUAUUGAAGAGGGAUGACCCCCUUGAGGCCAAGAGUAGGGAAUCUACCCAGAGUCACUGCAUCUCAGAUGCAGUAAAAUGUGGAGAAUUAUCCAGAUUUAAAACUGCAGAUUGCAGCAGGAGUCUACAGAGCUGAAUUCACUGAUUUGCAAGUUCAUAUCCUUACAUCUGAGUUGAACUGAAGGUAGGAGAAAAACAUUCUUUCAUUCUGCUUGGAAUCCCUGUUUUCAGAAGCGGCAUGGAGACAUUAUUAAGCACAAAAAGGAUCAACGUAUAUCUGCUUUUUUUUGGAUUAAAUUUGACAGCAGCUAUUGAAAUACCAUUAUCAGUUGCACAGGUUCCAACAAUUACAGAGCAGUCAAGGACCCUAGUUGCAUACCCUUUUGAUGAAGACUUUACAAUGAAAUGUGAAGCAAAAGGAAAUCCACAACCCAUUUUUAACUGGACUAGAGAUGAGAAACCAUUCAAUCUACUAUCUGACCCCAGGAUAAUUACAUUCAAAAAUUCAGGAAACUUUGUGAUCCAAAAUCAGGGUAUCAUAGCUGAUUUUCAAGGGAAAUAUCGUUGUUAUGCUUCAAAUGAACUGGGAACUGCCAUGUCUGAAGAAAUCGAACUCAUAGUUCCAAGUGUACCAAAAUUCCCAAAAGAAAACAUUGAACCAAUGGAGGUAGAGUAUGGUGAUUCUAUGGUUUUGCACUGUAAUCCUCCCAGAGGAAUUCCACCUUUGCAUAUCUAUUGGAUGAAUAUUGAUUUACAACACAUUCCGCAAGACGAAAGAGUCUCCAUGAGCCUUAAGGGAGAUCUUUACUUUGCAAAUGUUGAAGAAAAUGACAGUCGAAGCGAUUAUUGUUGCUUUGCGGCAUUUCCAAGGCUGCGAACAAUUGUACAGAAAAUGCCAAUGACACUGAGGGUUACACGUAUUAAACAUACCAAUGACUCAAGCUCACCUAAUGCUGCUGUUACUAAGGCUAAUUUCAUCAAGGAAAGAAAACCCAAAAUACUGAUACCACACGAACCAUCUGGUAGCAGCUCAUCAGUUACCGUCAUCAAAGGAGGAGUUCUACUACUUGAAUGCAUUGCUGAAGGGCUCCCAACUCCGCAUCUUAACUGGAUUAAGGUUGGUAGAGAUUUGCCAAAGGAUAGAGCAAUGACAGAAAGUUUUGGAAAGAUUUUGAAGAUAGAACAAGUUUCUGCAGCAGAUGAAGGAACGUAUGAAUGCACAGCAAGCAACUCUGUGGGAAGAGCAAAACAUGAGUUUCACGUCCACGUGGAAGAACCUCCCCGCUGGAUAAAGAGGCCUACAAGUGGUGUUUACAACAAUGAGUCAUCUGUUUUGCUAUUGUGUGAAGCUGCUGGCAAGCCUGAGCCAACUAUAAAGUGGAAACGUAAUGGGAUGCCUAUUGAUAAAAGGAUCUUCAAAGGCAGAGUCUCUGCUGGAGAGAUCAGCAUUACCAACCUACAAGUGCAGGACAGCGCAGUGUAUCAGUGUGAGGCAACUAACAAGCAUGGCACCAUCCUUGCCACUGCUAAUGUUAAUGUUUUAAAUAUUGCUCCAUUAGUGCUAACCUCAGACAGUGAAGACUAUGCCACAGUUGUUGGUUACAGUGCUUUCUUGCAUUGUCAAGUUUUUUCUUCCCCUCCUGCUGACAUUAGUUGGUUCAGGGAUGACAGCACAAUGCCACUUGAAGGUCCGCAAUACGGAAAAUAUAAAAAUGGCACUUUGGAGAUCAGAGAGACAAAGAAAGAAGAUUCUGGGUCGUAUACUUGUUGGGUGACAAAUUCGGUUGGAAAAAGUGCAAUCAUUGCCAAUCUGGGUAUCAGAGAUGCUACAAAACUUAUCGUUACUCCUGAGAACCCUCACAUUUUGAAAUCACAUUCAGUUUUAUUGAAAUGUCAGUCUGAAUAUGAUGCACACUUGAAACAAAGUUUAAAAUUAUCCUGGAAGAAGGAUGGAGAUGAGUUUCAAAUCAAUGGCACAGAAGAUGGCAGGAUAAUUAUUGAAACGGAUACAUUGUUCAUAUCAAGCGUGACAUUAGAGGAUCAGGGCACUUACACCUGUGUGGCUAGUACAUCUCUGGACAGUGUCACAGCUGAAUCCCAAUUAAUUGUCCUUGAUGUUCCUGACCCACCUGAAGAUUUACUUCUCUCAGAAAAACAAAACAGAAGUGUUAGAUUAUCCUGGAGAGCAGGAAGCAGUCACAACAGUCCCAUUUAUGAGUCCAUCGUAGAAUUUGAAAUGAAUCGUUGGGAGCCUGGGAAGUGGCGGGAACUCACAAGAAUCCCAGGGAACAACACAACUGUUGUUUUAUCAUUGGCCCCUUAUAUAAAUUACCAGUUCCGUGUUAUAUCCGUUAAUGGUGUUGGAAGAAGCAAGGCUAGCGCACCAUCAGCACACUACGAAACUCCUCCCACUGCUCCAGACAAGAACCCAGAUAACAUCCGAGUUGAAGCUUCUGAACCAAAUGAAAUGGUUAUGAAAUGGGAGCCAUUGAAACCCAUGGAGCAAAAUGGACCAGGACUGGAGUACAAAGUCAGCUGGCGACAGCAGGGAGUAGAAACAGAUUGGAAUGAGGAAACUGUGAAAAAACAUUCUUUGACAUUGAGGAAUACUCCCACAUUUGUGCCUUAUGAUAUCAAAGUCCAAGCAGUAAACAAUUUUGGAUCUGGUCCUGAACCUAAUGUGACCACUGGUUAUUCAGGAGAGGACAUUCCAGAUGCUGCUCCUUCAAGUGUAAUGGUGGAAGUGAUGAAUAGCACACUAGUUAAAGCGAUCUGGUCCAGCAUUCCAAGAGACCGAGUUCGUGGACACUUAAAAGGACAUAAGGUCAUUUGGUGGAAAACAAGGAGUUUGAUGGAUGGAAAACAACAUCACCCAGACAAACACUUCCUAACAUUUACAGGAGACAGAAAUUAUGGAAUGAUUCCUGGUCUAGAGCCAUUUAGUGAAUUUCACUUAGCUGUUUUGGCUUUCAAUGCAAAAGGAGCUGGACCUGAAAGCUCUCCAACCAUAUUCCAAACUCCAGAAGGAGUCCCUGAACAGCCACGCUUUCUAAGAAUACUAUCAUUUGAUAAGGAUUCUGUCACUCUGUCAUGGGGACUUCCAAGAAAACCAAAUGGCUUUCUUACUGGCUACAUUUUGCAAUACCAGAUAAUAAAUGAAACCAAUGAGAUUGGACCACUAAAUGAUGUCAAUAUUACAAACCCUUCAACUUUCAGCUGGAGGUUUUCUAAUCUGAGCUCCAGCACUAAGUAUAAAUUCUACGUGAAGGCCUGUACUAUAAAAGGCUGUGGGAAACCAAUCACAGAAGAAGGAUUAACAAUAACUGAAGGGAGUAAGUUAACAGGAGGUAAAGGGAUCGGGAAGAUUUCAGAAGCAGUAAAUCCCACCCAAAAGUUUCACCCCAUUGAGGCACUUGAGCCUGGAACUGAAUAUACAGUUCGUCUAGUGACUAAGAAUUGGGUUGAUAACAAUAGCAUUUUUGAAGAUGUAAUUGAGACAAGGGAGAGAGCGUAUGCUGGUAUUUAUGAGGGAAUCUCCACCCAAGGCUGGUUUAUUGGAUUGAUGUGUGCCAUCGCUUUGCUUACUUUGUUGAUGCUAACUAUGUGCUUUGUCAAAAGAAAUAAAGGUGGAAAAUACUCAGUGAAAGAAAAAGAGGAUUUGCAUCCAGAUCCUGAAGCUCAAUCAAUAAAAGAUGAGAUCUUUGGAGAAUAUAGUGACAGCGAUGAGAAGCCACUCAAAGGCAGCCUGCAGUCACUUAACGGGGACAUUAAAGCUACGGAAAGUGCUGAUAGUUUGGUAGAUUAUGGAGAAGGGGACCAAGGGAUGUUUAAUGAAGAUGGUUCAUUUAUUGGUGCUUAUGUUGGAUCUAAGGAAAAAGGGUCAGUCGAAAGCACUGGAAGUUCUACAGCAACUUUUCCUCUUCACGCAUAAGAUAUUAACAUACAUUAUUAAUUUCAGAUUGCCAUAUUUAUCUUUACUAGUAACCAACUAUUGCCAUGUGUGAUCAGUAGGUUGCAGAAUGAAUCAGUCAGGAGAGGACCCCAACCUCCAAUUAAUAUGGGAAUUAGUCGCUGCUAUCAACAAAUGAUUUUUGACACUUUUCAGUCCUGAUAGUUUGGGUGUUUUUAUGUAAUAAAGAAAAGGUGAAUAAUACUCUCACAUACAAUAUAUACCACUCAGUCUGACCAAAACCAUAGCCUCUCAGUGUUACAUAUGUAUAAAGAUAGUUGCUAGCCUACAUGUUUCUCUGUAUUACUUUCUCUUGUAUGCUUUAUCACUUUGUAUAUAUAUUUACCUCCAGUAUUCCCUAAUAUAUAAUGACCUUAGCCUUGUGGAGGUCAGCAGAUAGUGGGGGUGGGAGAAGGCAAAAAUUACUUUAAAAAUUAACACCAAGAAAAAAAAAAGAAAACACCAUAGAUAUACAUUCAAUAUAUUAUUUAAUUUUCAUGGAGAAAAAGAACAUCUGUUUAAGUAAUUCUAGAAUAAGUGGCUAGAGCUGAUUGCAAUUACUUAGAGAUGCAGCUUUAUCCAAAUGUUAUUUGAUCUCAAAUGUGUUCUUAAAAGAAAUAGUUUCCAA